GACGGGAAGGAAUUCUUCGUAAUGGAAAGAGAGGCCUGUCUCAUCUGAGCAUAGAAAGGAAAGUCCAAGACCAAUACCUUCCCUAAGUCUAUACGCCUUAUCUACUCUAUAAACCUAUUGUUUCAACAAAUUUCGAGAAAAACCAAAAAAAAAAAACAACAACAACAACCCCGAACUACAACAUAUCAGACACCCUAGGUACCUAUCGCCAUUACUAUCAACAUGGGUGAAAUAAAAAAGGGAAGACAGAUUCCGCUUCAAGUCGCGAAGGAGAGAGUUGCGACUGAACCAGACAAGGAAUGGGUCUCUAUACCGCGAGGUACAGAACCUGAGGAUGGAUGGGAAAAGAUCACUUAUCGCCAGUUUGGCAAGGGAAUCAACUAUGUUGCGAAGUUAAUCACAGAUUUCGCUGGCCCGGCACCCCCUGGCCAAUUCCCAACGAUUGCUUUUAUUGCCUUGAAUGACUCUCGUUAUAUCUCCUUUGCGUUCGGCGCCAUGCUGGCGGGUUAUAAGGCUUUAUUCAUCUCGCCUCGAAACUCGACCGAGGGUCAGAUUAAACUCUUCCAGGACACGGAUUGUCGGUUUAUUGCCCACUCUCCCGAGUUCCAGGAGCCCGUCAACUCCUGGAAAGAGUUGCAUGAUUUUAAGAGUUUGGUGAUUGCUCCUGAGCGGGACUUUUACUUUAAUGAUGCACCCUCUACCAUCGAGUAUGAGAAGACUCUCGAAGAGGGAGAAUGGGACCCCUAUUGCGUUCUCCACACCAGCGGAAGCACCGGUUUCCCGAAGCCCGUUGUUUGCAGGCAAGGAUGGCUUGCAGCUGUCAACUCGUUUAAUGACUGGCCCGCGAGGGACGGCGUCCACUUGUGGCCUGCAGAGUUAACUCUAAGAUCAAAGAGAUAUAUUUUCCCUAUGCCAUUCUUCCACGCGGCCGGAAUGUAUGUCUCUGUGUUCUUAGGUCUUUACUGUGGAACGCCGAUUCAGCUUCCGAUUCCCAGCAAGCCUCUACGGCCCGAUAUAGUUUGCGAAUACAUUAAAUACGCCGGGCCAGGGACAUCGGCCUUGUUACCCCCUUCGAUUUUGGAGGAGAUGAGCCAUGUUCCUGAGCAUGUCGAGGCACUGAAGCAACUGAGUGUAACUAUGUUUGGUGGCGGUAAUUUGACAGCCAGGGCAGGAAACAGCCUCGUCGAGCAAGGUGUACACCUAGCGAACCUAAUCUCUUCUACUGAGGCGCCAUAUCCUUUUUAUUUUCAGCCGAACCCAGAGCUUUGGCAGUACUUCCAUUUCGAUGCCGAGUUAGGUGGUAUGGACUUCCGUCCUAGUGACACGGACAAGGAUGCUUAUCACCUAUUUUUCGUACGCAAGGAACGUCACCCUGGGGCUCAGGGUGCCUUCUACACAUUUCCAGAGCUUAACGAGUACGAUACUAAAGAUUUGUUCCGCCCACACCCGACUCUAAAAGACCACUGGAAGUAUGCUGGGCGCUCCGAUACUGUGAUAGUAUUUUCCAAUGGUGAGAAGCUUAACCCGGUCACUAUCGAGGAAACAGUUGCUGCCCACCCAGAGCUCAAGGGGGCUCUAGUUGUAGGCCAGGAUUACUUCCAGGCCGCCAUGAUUCUCGAAGCUCAUAAGCACCCGCAAAGUGAGCAGGAAGAGAAAGAAUUAAUUGAGCGAGUCUGGCCUCUGAUAUCCCACGCGAAUAAGGAAUCCGUGGCCCAUGGUCGCAUAGAGAAAGACUUCAUCAUGUUCACGAAGCCGGAGAAGCCGUUCCCACGAGCAGGGAAGGGAACUAUUCAGAGGGGACUGGCCGUUAAACUAUACCAUGACGAGAUUGACGAGCUAUACAAGAAGGCGGAGAUCAAGCAGCAGGCAAAUGCACCUAAUCUGGAUGUCAGUUCCGAGAGUGCCCUCGUCGAAUCUAUUAAACAGCUCUUCAUAUCGCGACUUGAGACUCCAGAGUUAGCCUCUGACGCCGACUUCUUCAGCGCUGGUAUCGACUCGCUUCAGGUGAUCAAUGCUAGCCGAUUAAUAACUGCUAGCCUGAAAGCAUCUGGAGUUAAUAUUGACCAUACUGCUUUAUCCCCUCGUGCCAUUUACUCGAACCCGAACUUUAACGCCUUAGCCGCUUAUAUCUAUUCUCUGGUGCAAUCUGGCGGCGCGCAGACUACUAAUGAAGCUGAGCAGGUGAUUCAGACGAUGAAAGCACAGUAUGAGAAGUAUACGAAGGACUUGCCAGUAGCGAAUACUAAUAAGCCUCUCCCGUUGGACGAUGGCCAAACUGUUAUCGUUACCGGUACCACGGGAGCUCUGGGCUCUUACCUCUUACACUUCAUGAUCGGUGAUAGCAAGGUGAAGAAGGUCAUUUGCCUUAACCGUUCCAAGGACGGACUAUCGAAGCAGGCAGAUUCUUUUCGCGAGCGUGGCCUAAACGCCGAUUUCAGCAAGUGCGAGUUCCUCCAGGCGGACUUAUCUCUCCCCGACUUUGGCGUGGGCAGCGAAAAGUACAACGAGCUUCUAGGUACUGUCGACCGAAUCAUUCACAACGGAUGGCCUGUGAACUUCAAUAUUCCCCUCUCGACUUUCGAGCCGCAUGUUCGCGGCGUGCGUCACUUCGUGGACUUCAGCGCCAAAGCUGCUAAGCGCGUUCCCAUCAUCUUUAUUUCCAGUAUCGGAACAGUGGAGUUCUGGAAAGGACGCGUUCCGGAAUCCCAAAUCACCGACUUCAGCAUCCCUGGCGGAAACUACGGUCGUUCUAAGAUGGUUAGCAGUUUGAUCCUGGACGAGGCAGCGAAAUUUUCUGGCGUUCCGACGGCGAGCAUCCGCGUUGGACAGAUUGCAGGAUCACGCAACGAGAAGGGCCUGUGGAACAGGCAAGAAUGGCUACCCUCUCUCAUUGCGUCAUCAGUCUAUCUGGGGAUGCUCCCUGGUAAUAUGGGUCGUUUCGACAUGGUGGACUGGAUGGCGAUCGAAGACGUGGCAAACCUGGUGCUGGAUGUAGCGGGUAUCAACGAGCCGUUGCCCAUCGACAAGAUUUCCGGGUAUUUCCACUCAGUGAACCCGAAGACCAUCGCGUGGCAGGACCUAGCGUCGGUGGUGAAAGAGUACUAUGGGGACCGGAUCAAGAAGAUUGUGGACUCGAAAGAGUGGCUCGCGGCGCUGAAGGCCAGCCAGGCCACCACAACGGAUGUCAGCAAGAACCCGGGUAUCAAGCUCAUCGACUCGUAUGAAAGCUUCUUCUUCGGCGGCGGCGAGGAUGCUAUCGUAUUCGAUAUGGAGAGGACGCGUGAGCACAGCAAGACGGCGAAGAAUCUCGAGGCCGUGACACCGGAGAUGAUGCGUAACUGGUGUAGGCAGUGGAACUUUUAAAGAAACUCAUGGUGAUGGUGCCCCUUGUUGUUUCUAUUUAUGAGAGGAUUGCUUAUGGCGCUUAGGAUGUGGCGUUGUCCUUCACGAGCACAUAGAUUUGACGAAUUUCUUUUCAUUAUGAUGCCAUAUUUUGCACGUGUCCAACUGCGCUAUGCGCUAGAUAAAC